AUGGCGACAACGCACGCGCCACCGGCCGUUGAGGUCCACAACUUAUGCUACAGUUUUGCGACAAGUCCUGCGCCUGCACUCGAAGGAUGCGAUCUUAUUCUUGAGCGGGGGUCACGUUGCUUGCUUAUAGGUGCAAAUGGCGCUGGGAAAAGCACUCUACUUCGCUUGCUCGCUGGCAAGCGUUUGUGCGAGGCAAACAUUCGUGUGUUUGGUCAAGAUGUAUUCCGUGCGCCACCACGCGGCAUCACUUACCUGGGUACUGAGUGGGCAAUGAACCCUGUUGUGCGCAGUGACAUAUCUGUGCAUGACUUUUUGAAUUCAGUGGGCGGGUUUCGAUUCAGCGAACGACGUGACCACUUGCUGGACCUGCUGGACGUCGACCUGUCAUGGCGCAUGCAUAUGAUCAGUGACGGCGAACGGCGUCGUGUACAGCUAUGCAUGGGGCUUAUGGAGCCAUGGGAUUUGUUGCUCCUUGACGAAGUGACCGUGGACUUGGACGUCCAAGUCCGCUGCGACUUGCUUGACUUCUUGCGUAAAGAAAGCGAGUCACGCGGCUCUACGAUUGUUUACGCGACGCACAUUUUCGACGGAAUUCAUGAAUUCCCUACGCAUUUGGUGCACAUGCAGCUAGGACGUACUACAACUCAUGCACCCAUACCCUGGCCCUUGCGUCUUGACUCACAUUUACCUUCAGAGAUCCUUGCAUCCCUACCUGCCAAUAUCCAGCAAGACGUGGCAUCGAUGAAUCCGCAAGUCACUUAUCCACUAACACUGCUUUCUUUGGCACUUGCGUGGCUGCGAGAAGAUCGCAUUCUACGUGACCAAUACGAACAAAGUCGCGGCGUGAAGCGCGGGCGCGCAGGUCGACUUCCGGCUGAAGAAACAAAGGAUGCCAAGAAGUUCUUUAGUCAGUACGACUAUUAUUCGAACUAUACAACGUAG